AUUUCCCGGUUAGCUAAUUAUUAUAAAAGAAGUAAACAAUAAUGCGUCGCCGUGAAAGCGCGCGCAUCCUUCUGCCCAAUUGUCCAUCGGUUGUGGUCGUUAUCGCCGUUAUUGCUCAACUCUGAUCGUCUACAAAUGAAAGACAGCUAACUAUAACUGGAAAUAGGGCUAUAGGGCACAGGGUAGAUUAAUAAGCCAUAUACACCACCCACAUCCCACCACCCUGUCCCUGGAUAAAAUUCCUAAAACGCCCAAAAAUAUUUUACAGAUUGAAAUAAUUAAUAAUCGACGUCUUCCAUGACGUCUUCCAGUUUUAUUAAACUAACAAUAGCCGUAAUAAACAAUAAUUAAACCAUGAUUAUUAUUGUGAUAAGUGAGUGGUGGACACGAAGAUUUUUAUCUAAUUUUUAUUGUGAAAAUACUUGAAUUUAUUUUAUAUUUAUAUAUUUUAUAUUUAAUGAAUGACAGUGAUAGUGAAUCCCCAUUGGGGUGGAGUAUUAAAGAGUUCAAGUACUCUUUUUAUCUCAAGUACAAGUGGUUGCAAUUAAAAACAAAAGUCCAUUUUAUUUUAGAUUUCUUCUUUAGUUUUUUUAACCAAAAGUCGUUCAUAGUUUAAGUGUUUUCAUUUUUUAAAUAUUCAUUAUUAAAAUGGUUGAUCUCAGUGGAUACGUCAUUAUCCUUAUUAACGACAAUGGAAAAAUUAAAUUAUACGGAUCCUCGGCUGAUAACGCCGAGUAUCCGGAAGUCAGCGACGAAAUUCUGGAGGUCAACGGACGGACGCUGGAAAAUGCUACUGAUGCUGAAGUCAGUCAGCAUAUUCACCAGUGCAUCAGGUCAGGAACAAUCAGUCUCCAGGUGACUAGAAGAGCGGGCCAUAAAAUGAAAGAAUUGGAUGGUCCAAAUGCUGAUAAGAUACGUGACGCCUGGGUAAUUGCAUUAGAAAGAGGCGCAAGAGAACGUUUGCAAAAAUUACCAGCAUUAAAAAAAGUAAAGCCACGUGAUAUCCAGGCAAUAUUACAUCAACAGAUCAAUGAAGAAAAAUCAGCAUCGACGAGCAAAAUCGAAACACCAAUAAAUAAAGACUCUAAUAGUCCAAAUAAUCAUAUUACCGUAACACUUGCUGAUGGACAAACGGCAAACCGUACUCCACCCUCAAAAUUAAGCAAUGGAACAGUGCCAAAAAGUAUAAGUAACGAUGAUAAUGAAGUAUUGAUAAGUAACGAUGAUCAUUAUAGUAACAAAGAAGUUUUAGAAAAACAACGAAAUUAUUCUGACGAACCAAAAUUACUGCAUCCAUCAGUAACGUCAAAAUUAGGCGAAAGACGAUCGAGUAGCCCGUUCCAAAAUGGCAGAACAGAAGUACUGAUCGGAGAACCAGAAGGUGGACCAAGAUCUCCACGUGGUUCAACUUCUUCGGCGAUUAAUGACUUUCUGAGUACCGACAAUCCAGAACCUAUUUGCAGGUCUCGCCGGCGCAGCGCCACCAGCGUGAACGACAUCCAACUGCAAAACAACAAUAACUCUCCAUCGCUACGUGAAUCAAAGGAUUCACGUAGCCCCCACAUUCCUCCAGAUGAGAUGUGGGUCCCGGGGGUAACCCCGGGUCACCACCGUGAGUUACCAGUCGACGUUCCCGACACUCUUCUCCAGCAAGCGUACGCAAACAAUAAGGUAAUCUUACCACUGUCACCUCCCCCGGCACCACCACUACCAAAAACAACCGACUCUCCAGUAGCAGUAACAGUUUACCCGUCGACAAAGUUAACAACCACCACCACCAACAACAACCAGCGGCCCGGAAACCAAGUCGAUUUGCCGCUUUCAGACCUGCGCGAGCUAACCCUAAACAUUAAAAACGAUUCAUCUUAUCACCACAAAAACCUUCAUCAUACCCCGCGAAAUAACCUAGACGCUGCGCUCCCAGUCAACGAUCUCUCCGGGUUCACUCACUUAAUCGAAAUAACAGUUGACAAAAAUUCAGAUAACUCCAGCAACGACUCCACCACCAAGUCGCCGAUCCUCUCGAUAUUCGACGAGAUAGACAGUCCAACCAGCAACCACUCUCACCUUCAGAUAAAGGAGUCCAACGUUGACAUCGACGACGACUAUCCUUUCGCCAAAGAAGACUACCCCACCAUGCUAAAGACUUGCAGCGACGAUUCCGCGAGUCCUAGGUCCUCCUCAGGCCGGUCUGACUCAACAACCGCCUUAGAUACUAGUCUUAUAAUCCCCGGAAAAGAGUCUCCGCUCUACGAUGCGAGAAGAAUAGACCUAGGCUCUCCUUGUCGCACUAUUCCGGACCUCAGUAUCUACGGAAUGACCCGCGAGACAACCUCCUUUGAUAAUCCAGCCUAUGGACUGGAUUUGCAUCAAGGUUUAUUGAUCCGGUCUGAUGAAGUCCUAGAUCUCAGAAUCAUUGGAGACAAUUGCAAGAACUGCGAGAUAAUUCCUAUCGGAAAGCCUGAAAAAUCUCUGGGUAAAAAAAAGAAACCCAAGAACACUUCUAGCUUUGAUGUAGAUCUAAUUGCUGCCAAGUCUACCGAUGAUCUGCUUGCUGCUGAUCUCACGGGGUUCGUUGCUAGAACCAGCAUCAAGAAACCCCCGAAAAAAAGCAACCUGCCUGUGCUUCCAACUCCUCCACCUUUGCCGCCGCAGGUUCCGACUAUCAACGGGUAUUCCACUUUGAGAAACGACAGCCACAAGAGCAACUCACGGGGAUUUAGAGAGGUCGCAGUUGAUUGUCCUCCGGACUUUAUUCCGGUGACUAAAAGCCACCCGAUUUAUCCGCCUCCGAACAAGGUCGAGGUGAAGAAUAAAAGCAGUGAUAGCAAAAUAUUAACUGAUAGGAGCAAAUCUAAAGAGAGUGUGGUUGCGUUGGAUGACAAUGAUGGGCAAAAGGUAAGACUAAAAAGUCUUAAGCACCCGGGUAAGCUUUUAACACCACGACCGAUUUCUGUAUUAUCUAACACUAUUCCUAACAUGAGCCCUAACAAGAUUUUGAAAAAUCGAAAAACUCUUCCGAUGUCUUACAGACUUUCUGAUGACGAUAAAGACGCGAAUUUUUCACUGAUGAUUGAUGAUGACAAUUCCUGUGUUGGGUUGUCAUUCUCGAGACUCUAUAGCUUUCGAAACGAGAGCUUUGAUAAUAAAACAAACAGCAUCAAGUCGAUGGUUAAUAAAAAUGAUGUUUUGGGUACAGAUAGGGAUUUUGAUCAGUCUAAAGUAAAUGUUUACUUGGACAAUGCUGAAAACACCGCGUUGUUUAAUGCCUAUGAAUCCCUAUCGCUUCCCUCUUACGCUUCUACUGCUUCUUCUUCAUAUUCUUCACUAUCAUUAAAGAGUAAUUGUCACUUUAAUCUAAACACAAACGACGCUUCUUUAAUGCUUACUUCACCACACCAUUCUUUAAGUUAUAAUAAUAAUAAUAAUAAUAAUAAUAAUAAUAAUUGUAAUAGUAAUGAUAGUAAUCAUAACAAUAAAAGUGUAAAUGAUGGUAUACAACGGGAUGUAGAAGCAGUAGAUAGUCAUCAAGAUCACAAGGGUAAUGGCGUUAAACCAUUAUUACCACCAAGAGAUCAAAAACGCGCGCCAGCUCGCCCGCCAAAAGAUAAUCUACGUUUAUCCACGCGUAAUAGUACUAUUAAUGAUAACAAUGACAAUACUAGUAGUAAUACCGGAAUAGAAUCAUCGAUAGUAUCACAACCGACGCCACAGCAAUUGCAAACGAUUCAAAAAUACAAGGAACAAUUGAGACAGCGCAAAGACUUUGAGGAGAGACGGGAAUUUCUUAACCAAUCUUUGCGCGGUUCACAGAAACUCCAUGCUCUUGAGAGCCAUGCGAAACAACUUGCUGGACAGGAAAAUCCGGCUUACAACCAAGAUGAGGUUACAAACACCACGGGGAAUGUACGGAAGGAAAAAGAACAAACUUCGGGUCAAGCUAGUCCGAAAGUUGCUGCUGAUGAAUUGCCAGAAGAUCCGAAAAUUUUAUCUUACGGAGAAGUGGUAGCAACUCUGGAAAGAUUACAAUUACAAUUAAGGAAUCUAUCAGGUGCCUUAGGUAUAUCAGGACCAGGUGUAGAAGCCGAAUUAGAAGCAGUCCGUUCAUUAGUCCAACAGCGUCGUUUCGCGACGGCAUUAGCGACCCACAAUUUUAUAAAAACAAAACUUCGUACUGGAAAAUUGCACAAAGCUUACAAUGAUGACGCGUCGAAUUUAGCGCGUGAUUGCGUUGAAUUAUUCGAAGAAUGUCAAACAACCCAGACUGUUAAAUCGCCCGAAACAUUAGCGAUAAUUGAAGAAUUAACUGGGUUAUUAACCAGUUAUGACAUGGAAGGAUUAUUAUUUGCUCACGAUUCAAUAAUUUCAUAUUGCGACGGCAUACAAUUAAAAGACGGUCCAUUGUCAUCGUCAGCAAGUGAGCAAUCAUUAAGCCGUCAUUCGAGUUUGCGUGACUCGUUGCGUAAUACCGAUAAUAUUAAAAUAAUUAAAAUAGAAAAAACCAAUGAACCACUUGGUGCUACUGUACGUAAUGAGGGAGAUGCUGUCAUCAUAGGACGCGUUGUUCGUGGAGGCGCUGCUGAUAAAUCAGGGCUGUUUAAUGAAGGCGAUGAAGUACUUGAAGUUAAUGGCGUUGAAAUGCGUGGCAAAAGUGUUAAUGAAGUGUGCGAUAUACUCGCUAGCAUGCAAGGCAGCUUAACAUUUAUAGUUUUACCAGCUUCGUCAGUCGUCCGCAGUAACAGUGACAGUAGACUUGAAGAUAAUAAUUUGAUACAUCACGUAAGAGCGCACUUUGAUUACGACCCUGAAGAGGAUCCUUACAUCCCAUGCCGUGAAUUAGGUAUAAGUUUCCAGAAGGGCGAUGUAUUGCACGUAAUAUCUCAAGAUGACUCUAAUUGGUGGCAGGCUUAUCGUGAAGGCGAAGAAGAUCAAACUUUAGCCGGCUUAAUACCCAGUCAAGCGUUUCAACACCAGCGCGAGUCGAUGAAACAAACGAUAACUGGCGGUAAAACAACACUCAGAAGUUCAAAGAAGUCUAGUACGUUGUUAUGCACACGGAAAAAUCCAAAGAAAAAGAAGAAGAGGGCUAAAUUUGGUGGGAGUAUCAAUGAUGAUGGUUAUCCUAGUUAUUCAACAACGACGAUUGAUGAUUACGAUAGCGAAGAAGUAUUAACUUAUGAGGAAGUAGCAUUGUAUUACCCUCGUGCAAGUCAUAAAAGGCCAAUAGUACUUAUAGGACCGCCGAAUAUUGGACGCCAUGAAUUGAGACAACGUCUGAUGCAAGACAGCGAGCGUUUUGCUGCAGCUAUACCACAUACAAGUAGACCACGCAAAGGCUCUGAAGUUGACGGACAGGAUUAUCACUUCAUAACCCGGCAGCAGUUCGAGACAGACAUCGUGGGUCGUAAAUUUGUGGAGCAUGGGGAGUAUGAAAAAGCUUAUUACGGUACAUCUAUCGAAGCAAUACGUAGUGUCGUUAAUUCCGGUAAAAUUUGUGUAUUAAAUUUACAUCCGCAGAGUUUAAAAAUAUUACGUAAUUCGGAUCUAAAACCUUAUGUCGUAUUCGUCGCACCACCUAGUUUAGAAAAGUUGAGACAAAAGCGAAUUAAGAACAAUGAAAAUUACAAAGAAGACGAGCUUAAAGAUAUUAUUGAAAAGGCACGCGAUAUGGAAGACAAGUACGGACAUUUAUUUGAUAUGAUUAUUAUUAAUAAUGAUACCGAUCGUGCUUAUAAUCAACUUUUAACAGAAAUUAAUUCUUUGGAGAGAGAGCCUCAGUGGGUACCUGCCACUUGGGUUCAGUGAUACGCGAUUGAUAUUAAUUAUAAUAACGUUAAAUAAAUUUAUUCAUCACAAUUUUAUUUUUAACGAUUAACGAUAUUGCUUAAUGCCAAAUUAUUUUUAUA